AUGGACCCGGGGGGCCCAUCGCCCCUCAUGCAUUUUGUGGUGGCGAAGAAGACUAUCAACGGUAUAUUUGAUCAGUUGCUGGAGUACGUCAAAGAGGGCUCAGAGUUUGUGGACGAGACAUGGCGAAGUGCGGAUCUGGAGCAGGUCGCAGUUGAGGAGCAGUGCCUUGAAAUCCAGACCUGUGCUAGGAAACUGGCCACCAUUCGGGAGGUGCUGGCGCGUAGGCACAUGAAGGUAGCCUUUUUUGGGAGGACGAGUAACGGUAAAAGCACGGUGAUCAAUGCCAUGCUGAGGGACCGGGUGCUGCCCAGCGGCAUUGGCCACACCACCAACUGCUUUUUGAGGGUGGAAGGCACAGACGGGGACGAUGCCUACCUCACCACCGAGGGCUCUGAUGACAGAAAAAGCCUCAAGUCAGUCAAUCAGCUGGCCCAUGCCCUGCAUAUGGAGCGCAGUCUAGACUCAGGCUGCCUAGUGAAGGUGUUCUGGCCCAAGUCCAGGUGUGCCCUGCUGAGGGAUGACCUUGUUAUUAUGGACAGCCCAGGGACUGAUGUGACCUCUUACCUGGACAGCUGGAUCGACAAGUUCUGUCUGGAUGCUGACGUCUUUGUGUUGGUGGGCAAUGCAGAGUCCACACUGAUGAACACAGAGAAGCUGUUUUUCCACAAAGUGAGCGAGCGAAUAUCCAAGCCAAACAUUUUUAUUCUGCACAACCGCUGGGAUGCCUCUGCAUGGGAGCCCGACUACAUUGAUGAAGUGCGUAAGCAGCACAUGGACCGCUGUGUGAGUUUCCUGGUGGAGGAGCUGAGGGUGGUGAGACAAGAGGAGGCUCCAGACCGGAUCUUCUUUGUGUCGGCCAAGGAGGUGCUCAGCUCCAGGAUGCACUGUGCCCAGGGCAUGCCCGAGACAGGUGGCGCUUUAGCAGAGGGAUUCCACGAGAGACUGAGGGAGUUCCAGAGAUUCGAGAGGACUUUUGAGGAGUUCAUCUCACACUCUGCGGUCAAGACCAAGUUUGAGCAGCACACGCUCAGGGCGUGGCAGAUCACAGAAGCAAUCAAAGCAGUCAUGGACGCCAUAAAUAUUGCAUCCGCCGAAAGGAAGAUAUUUUCCCUGGAGGACCGAGAGGACCAGAAGGACCGUCUAGAGUUUGUCAGAGGCCAACUUAACCGCCUGACCGAGAACGUUAAAGAGAAGAUCAACACCAUAACAGAUGAGGUGGCUGCCAAGGUGACCGUUGCCUUGGUGGAGCAGAUUCGUGGUCUCCCAGCGCAGGUUGAUGAGUUCAGUGCUGACUUUACACCACAUGCAUUGCCUCUCUACAAAGCAAAACUUAUGAUGCAUGUGGAAGAGAGGAUGAGUACAUGUUUGGCCUUUCGUUGUUCCUCUGGGAUCAUUGGCCACAUGCAGUCAUGCCAGAAAAACAUGAUUGAGAAUAUUAGGCCGCUGCUGCCCCCUGAUGUCCAGGAGCAGUUCCACAUUCACCUACCCAGCAGGAAGUUUGUCCUGACCUACGACCUUAACCUGGCCACCCUCUGCGCCGACUUCCAGGAGAACAUCGACUUCCAGUUCUCUCUCGGCUGGACUGCCCUUGUCAGCCGAUUCAUUGGGCCGAGCGAUGCCAAACGUGCCCUGACGGCCAUGAACCAGAAGUUUCAGGUUAGCCAUGGUGGCCACCAGUAUCAUAUGCCCUUAAAUUCUCUCCAGAAUACCUGUCCUACUGCACUCCAGGCACAUGGUGGAACCAGCCUACAGGACCACAUGGUCUUUUCAAUGGCAACAGGUGUUGUGUCACUCACCUCCAGAGCCUCCAUGACUGUGCUUGUCAUUGGCGGAGUGGUGUGGCGCUCAGUGGGCUGGAGACUCAUCGCCCUCUCCGCAACACUUUAUGGCCUGCUCUACCUGUACGAGAAGCUGACGUGGACCAACGCCUCCAGGGAAAAGGCUCUGAAGCAGCAGUUUGUGGAGCUCGCCAUCCACCGACUUAGGGCCAUCAUCCCCUUCACCAGUGGGAGCUGCAGCCAGCAGGUUCACCAGGAGUUGGCAACGACCUUUGCCCGUCUGUGCCAGCGGGUUGACCUGAGCGAGGUGGAGCUGGAGGGGCACAUUCGACUGCUGAGUGGCAGGAUCCAGAGACUGGAGAACGUCCAGCGACGCUCCAAGACUCUCAGACACAGAGCCACAGAUCUGGAGUCUCAGCUGGAGGCAUUCUCUGCCCAGUAUCUGCAGAAUCAGUGCUGA